AUGCUUGACUACGACGCCGCCGACGAGUCGCUCCUUUCCUUCUACGACCUCCCUACCCUCCAUCCGACCCAGCUUAGCGAUGUCGAGCUGAAACAGCACCCGACGCAAUUCUACGAUCUCGACGAGGUCGCCAAAAUGCCCUUGGACGAACAGUUCUCCAUCCUCAACGAGGUGGUCAACCGCCAGUACCAGCCGUUUCUCGUCAGCCGCAAGCCUGAGGAUUAUACCAAGGAUGAUGUCGAAGACCCUUUACAGGGGAAAGGGUCCAAUGUCGUCCAGACGUUGCUUUCACGCCGCGCAAUCUCGUCGCAGAACGACCCCGAAAUCAACCACUAUAUCAUCACCUCCCAACAGUUUGACGCCUCCAAAUUUUUAACUACAGUGCACAAUGACUCCUCCAUUGAUGAUUUGACCCGUUACCUUGGUAUCUUGGACCGGCUGCUUAAACUGCAACGAGGCAAUGUCCAGCGAGUCAUUGAUAACAACUUUGAGCAGUUUGUCGACAUCAAAAAACGCAUUGACACGAUACUUGUCGGGUUUAGACAGACCAAGACCAAAGUGGGCACGGAAAGAGAUGCUACCAAGGUAUAUAUGCCUCUGCAAGGUGGGGUGAAAGAUGAUCUGUUAUCAGCGCAAUUGGAGGACCUGAUCAAAAACUUGAAUACCACGUUAGCGCUUAUGAUCCGUCCCAUCAAAGAGAACACUGAUCGUGAACUGAAAUUGGGUCAAGUGAUCGAGUUUAUCCGCCUGAACCAAUUCCUCUUUGAUUUACCUCAAAAGCUCCUUAAUAAUAUCGCGCAAAACCGCCACGAUGAAGUGGUCGAUGACUACAAUGAGUACAUUUUGAAGCGAGAGCUGUUUACUCGAAAUCACGAACAGCAGUACCAGGCAGACCGUGCCGAGGCUGAAGGAGACGCCACUAAACUCCAACAAGUGGAAGAACUGAAUCUUUUGGUGCUUACCGUGGCUAACAAGUUAUUUGACAAUGUCGACAACAUCAUCCACGAGUACCGCAAGCGGAUCUACCGCCAGUUGCUUGCUCUCGACCAUCAGGUGACCCUCAACACGUAUGGUCGUGCCAUCGAUCUGGAGAAGAACCCCAACUCCAAAUUCAUCUCGCUCGUGGAUAAGAUCUACCAGUUGGACCCGGAUAAGAAAAGCAACCCAAUCUCGCAAUUUUUGAGGGCUCAGGUGGACGGGCUCCACCACGAGCUCGAGCACCAACUUACGAAAUUUGACGAUAAGUUCAAGAUGAUGCAAGCUAAACUCAAGAGCCAUAUCGGGUCAUUACUGGGACUGCCGCGGCGGCUGUAUGUGCGCUACAUUGCUGAGAAGUACCUCACUAUUGAGACCUAUUUCCAGACUAAUCUGGUGAUGGCCGACCCUGAACACACGGUGACCGAAGUGUUUGAGCAGCUGGAGAACUUGGACUUGAGUGUGAUCAACGAGACGUGGUUGGUACUCUUCAAUUUCAUUGACUAUCUCGACGAUAUCUACCGCAAGAAUGUGGCUAAAUUUGUCACUAACUAUACUCACUAUGGCGGUACGCAAAACAUUGAAGACGUCGAUCCUGAGGGGCAAAUCCGGGCGCUGUUUGAUCAAUUGAUCACCCGUACCGUCGACAUCUUGCUGUUGAUCUUUGACGAUGAAGACCAGGCCAACUUAGCCGACCAAGUGCCCGAGAACUACUCCCAAUUCAUGCCUUACUACCUGAACUCGUUGCUGGCGAUGUACUACUUGCUGGCGAUACUGAAUAAGCUCAGCCGUUUCCUCACCAGUCUCGGCAAGUUUGUCGGCUCUGUCGGUGAAGUAUACAAGUCAGCGGAGCUGAACCGGUUAGUAAAGCUUAUGCGCAACUGUGCCGCCCGAGCUAAUCAGCGCAUCGUUGAAGCACUCGGCACAGUGUGGGUAAAUGACUGUCUGCAGUUCUACGAGCUUGAACAGUGGGACGUCCUGACGAUCCCCAUCGAGGGGGAAGACCCUCAUUUCGACGGCGCCAACUACACCAAGCUUAUGAACAUUAUCACCUACUACCACGGAUUUGUCCUCACCAAAAUUGGGCAAUUACUAUUCACCAAAAAUGAUAAGGGGGCCGAGAUCCGCAUCGUGCCCCUGCACCCACUGAAGAAGACGCUUGUGGGGGUGGAGAUCCAGUUCAUGCGGUGCUUGAAUAUCACCCUAGACUCCAUCAUGAAGAAGUACAAUAACGACAGAAAGGACGACAACUCGGCAGUGUACAAGAUCUUGACAAUGAACAACUUCGACGUGUUGCUGCGGCUUGUGUACCCUAUCUUGAUUCGCAAGUUUGAUACUCUAUUUGACAAGGACUUACAGCAGCAGAACUUGCCGAUUUUUGCCAAUAUCGAUCGCGCCUCGUUAACGAUCUUUGACGAUGUCAUCCUGAAGCAGAAGUUGGUGAUGAAUGCUCGUAUCUCUCAACAUUUCAAUCUGGGGGUGGAGCCGCGAGAACUUAAAGUGGACGGUUUCAUCUACGACAUCCUCAUGGAGUUUGUCAAGUUGAUCCACCGCAUCAAGCCGUUGACGGGUACCGAGAUCUUUAUCUCGAUCGUCAAUGAGCUCCAACAAGGGGUGCUUAAGUCAGUAUUGGACAACAUGCGGGCUCACCCAGACAUGUCGGCGGUGAAGUUGGCCAACUUGAAGUUGGACGUCAACUUCUUCAUGGAAGUAUUUGAAAACUCGAAGACCCUCAAGAUUAAUGAGACGGCGUUCCGCAUCAUCGAGAUCCUUCUCAAUUCGAUCCAAGAAAGAUUAGGUGAUGCCUACGACCAGCAGGAAUGGGACGACGUAUUGGAGGAGAACCUCAGAGUGUCAGCAAACCAGUUCGACUGCUUCUAA